UGAGCGAGCAGGCAGGGUAGUGAGGGAGUGAGAGAGAGGGAGAGGCAGGCAGGCUGGUGCUGUGAAAUCCGUCAGCCGGGUCGCUCGCGGUGCGUUUUGUCAGACGUCUUGGCUCGGAGCCCAACUUGGCUUUUUUGUAGUCGAGGCAUGAUCGCAGACUCCGCGCAGUUGCCCCUGCCGCGUCGGCUGCCGUGCCUUUGGAAGGAUCCCAGCUUUAGCCACUGACAUGCAGAGACCCAAUCCCACAGAUAUGAUGAAGCAGAAGGAUGAGGAGCUCGACAAAAAGAUCGAGGCUCUGAGAAGGAAGAAUGAGGCUCUCAUGAAAAGAUACCAGGAGGUGGAGGAGGAUAAGAAGAUGGCAGAGCAGGAGGGCAUGGCUCCGCAGAGCCGCAAGUCAGAGGACCUUUCCAUCACCAUCAAUAAGACCACACAGGAGCCGCGGAUGGUGUUGAAGAAAGCUGGGACAGGCGGGAGCUCCCCCCAGGACAAAAGAGGCGGGGGAGAGGUGGCCGACGGAGGCCCUACACAGUUCAGUAUGGGCCGGGGGAAGAGACGCCAGCUCUUUGUCACCAUGGUGGGGAACAACAAGGGUACCCGAGUGGUGAGUGAAUCAGCGGACCCCACCCCUCCAAGGCCUGGAGGGAGAAAGAGCAGCGCUGAGGAUGAGGACGAGAACCAAGUCACCGAGUCGUCCAGGAGAGGAGGAAGACACGGCCAGUCCCGCAAGAGGACCUCUCAGACACAGGAGGAAGGGGUGAGGCAGGAGGGGAAGGCUGCGGUGGAGGAGAGUCGCUGGCUGUCCGAGUCUGACCCCUAUUACCAAGAUGCCGAGUGGCCGGAGCAGCCCCCGGCAGACCUGACCAUCCCCACCUCCCGCGAGGAGCAGCUGGAAUACAUACGCUGGAAGGCCGAGCGCGAGCAAAUCGACCGUGAGCGCGUGGCCCGCCACAAGAAUGCCAAGGGACAGUGGCGGAGAGCCUGGGACCUAGACAAGCCACAGCUUGUUUUUUCAGAUAAUCCACCAGGGGAAGCAGAACGGCCCCAGUCAAACAGAGGCGGCAGGGCUCCCAAAAGAGGCUCAAAAUCAGCUGGCGAAUCACAAGGUCACCAUGGCAGAGGCAGAGACAGGAAGGGCAAGAACCCUCCAGCUGUGGUGGGCAGCAAAGCCAAGGGCAAGGAGCGCCUGACGGGAAGAGCUCGAAGAUGGGACACUAAAGACAUGGAGGGAAAUAAACAGUUCUCAGAGACAAGUCUGGAGGAGUUUCUGGAGGAGCUUGAUGCCCUCUGUGACCCCGAUAACCCCUCCACUGACUCCAAGGCACCGCUGGACUCCGAUGGGACUGCAGCUGCCACUGCUGCCAAUGAUGAACACAAUGGUGUGGAGAUUGAGUCCAUUACACUGGACACAAAGCAGGCCGAUGCGGCAUCUAGAGCACCAUCUGGUGAUUAUGAUGCAGGGAAAGGGGGGAAUCCAGAGGUGGCCUCGCCCAAAGGAACCGAGAAGAAGGUGCGGUUCUCAGAGGGACUCGUCCAGGGUGGCCACAUCCAGAGGAAUUCCAACACUGUCACCGCUGAGACCAAGGGGAGCUUGUUGAAAGGGGUCUCGUCGCAGAUGAAGACAGACUUAAAAGCCGGAGCAGAGGCAAACAGCACCACUGACGAAUCCCAGCAGACACAGACACAACAGCAACAGACAGAGGCACAGCAGCAGGAGGCUGAUGGCAAUGGCCAGGAGGAGCAGGACACUCAUCAUGUCAGCCCGAGUGGCACAGAGAGCGGCAGCCCCGCUGCGCCCGCCCAGAAGGCACAGGAGGAGAAGACCGAAGACAAGAAGGAGAGAGCACUCGAGGCUGACCAGGACACUGGAAAGGACGAGGAACAACAGCCAGGUGAAGAGGUCCAGGAGCCUUCUCACUCCAAUGCCUCUGACACAACUGAGACAGCCAAGAGAGUACCCAGCACAGAGACAGAGGGAGAGGCCUCCACACUGGCAGAUCAAGCUCCAGCCUCACAGGCUCCAGUACAGCAGGCCCCAGUACAGCAGACUCCAGACCAGCAGGCUCCAGUACAGCAGGACCCAGAUCAGCAGGCCCCAGAUCAGCAGGCCCCAGUACAGCAGGCUCCAGCCUCACAAGCUCCAGACCAGCAGGCUCCAGUACAGCAGGCCCCAGUACAGCAGGCCCCAGUACAGCAGGCUCCAGACCAGCAGGCUCCAGCCUCACAAGCUCCAGAGCACACCAAGACUAGCACAAGCAGGGCUACAGAGGAGCUGAUCGACUCCAGCUUGUCUGUGCUCAGUCUAGACACAGGGGACGCCCAUCAAGACCACGCUACCAGCACAGAGAAGGCACGGGAAGAUGGAAAAGUGGUCUAAAAGGCACAUAUCCCAGUUUGGAGUUAGCCGAUUCUAUAUGAGAUGGAAAAACAAAAACUGAAACCAAAAGAGGUUUUUUAUUAAACAUGCCUUUUUUUCUGAUUGAUUCCUAACUCUUAGAAACUUUGAGAGAUGUCAAACGCUUACAUAAUGCUAAAAGAAAACCUCAAUAGCACUAUGAAUGUGUUUUGUGGACAAUUUUUGUUGAACUGAAUCUGUUUAUAGAAACCACCUGAUCAUUGAAUGUUGAUGAAGGUUACGAAUGUUCGAUAGAGGGUAAUCAGUAUGUUAGACUCUAGGAAAUGAUGGAAGUCCUUUUAGGUAUCUCUACCUGCUUAAAAUAUGUUGUUUACAAGCACUUUAUUUUUUAUUGAAUAAUUGAAAUGACCAGAGGUUUUGUGGUUUAAUAUGACUACAAUAGUAAGCCUAUAGGGUUGAUUGUCUGGUUUGCUUGAACUUGAAUGAAGUCUAAAUUUUUUUUUCUAAUGGCACAGCCCUCUCUAACACUAGUUACUAUUAGUGCAAUUGAGAUCAUAUGUAUAUACCAUUACAGGGCUUAUAUGUUGAUCUCUUGUUUCCCAGUCCACUCUAUGGCAUCUAGGACUGCAUUCAAAAAGGUUCAAUCAGCUUACAUGGGUAUUUCCAAUACAAGUAAUGAAAUUGGAAAGUUGUCUAUGACUUGAAAACUAUUAAGUUUUCUCCUUUGGCCUUACGUGUAUAUUUGUCGGACUUACAAAGGUUCAGGUACUGCUGCUGUUCAGUGAGUUAACCUUAGCAGUGUUGUAAUGUUAGGAAUUCAGUUUCUGAUGGAUAAUUUUUUGCAUCAUUUUUUCAUUCAAAAAGAAUUUCACAUCUGAAGAUUAGUAUUUAGUGGCUCUAAGACACACAAGUCUUUAUUCUCCAUUCAUUCAAAAGUUGCAUGGUACAGAUCAUUUUUUAAAUUGUGUCUAUUCAUGCCUUAACAGUUAUGUAGGAGACAGUGUGAGUUAUAGGCAUUGUAUGCCAGCAGUUCUGUAUUUAAAGACUUAAACAUAUGUUUGCACUCAAGAAAUAAGCUAUUAACUUUUUGGUAAUAGUCACUCAAUGUUUACAGUUAGCUUUGAAAAGUAGACAUGGGCUCCCCUAGAUCCAAUUCAGCUUGGGUUUGUACUCCAUGUAAGCUAUGAUUUCAAGGUAUCCUUAUUUAAUUUAAAGCAACAUUAUGGUAAAAGAGUAAUUUAUUUAGUUUAGAAUGAAAAAAGAAAAAAACAAUUUAGAAGCAAAUGUUAUUGUCACUUUUACCAUGGACUCUGUUGGAAGAUACGUGCAAAAUGACUAUUAAAGAGUUCAAGUUUGCCUUUGA